AUGUUCUCGGCACCGGGCACCCCUGACAUACUGUCACUGGCCACACUUGCUUACCAAGUCUACGACACGUACAAAGGUGCCCCGAAAAGAUUCAAAGAUCUCGCAAGCGACGUUAAAGGACUUGAAAUUCUUCUCAGAAGACUUGCACAUAGACUUGAUUUCCAUCAGGAUAAUCUUGAGGAAUCUCUUUUAUCAUCCGAUGAAGCCUCAGGCUUGGAUGAGCUCGUCCACCUGGCUGGAACCCUGCUUGAGGAAUUACAACAGAAACAAGGGCAUGCGUUGGCGCCAAGAGGGUUGUACCGGUUCAAGUGGACGCAGGGUGAAGUGGACUCUAUACGGUCCAGAAUUACGUCUCUUUGUGCAAUUAUCGGUGCAUUCAAUAGUAGUUUGGUACUUCCAGAGAUGGCCACAAGGGUUCCUGUAGUCGACAAACAGCAAGAGAUCCUGGAUAAACUGGAUCUCUUCCUCCUGACUACCAAAAAGAACGAUGACAUUUCAUCCGCUGCCUCUGUAUGCGAAUCUACCACCCCGACUCUUGUCGAAAACGAAGACGGAGAUGAGGACUAUCAUGACUGGCCUAAACUCGUCCGCCGGAUGACCGAGUUUGGAAUAACGGAGGCUGAAGCAGAGCAGAACCAAGUACUCAUUCGCACAUUGGCAGCUCGUGCAUCUAGCGCGCCUUCGUCUAAUUCGAAAGAUUCACCAACGGCCAUCACGCCGAAGGGAAUGAUAGGUGCGGACUUGGGGCUAGGAGCGCAUAAAGAGGAGAUUGAAGUCCUCUCCGCUGUGUAUGGACCAAUGGUCGUCACAGACACUAUCAAACACAUUAUCGAUGCGCACGCUGGUCUCAAUAUAACCAAAAUCACUUUCUCAAUUAACAAUGAGACAUUCGGCGAGGAUCCAUGGCCCAACAAUACCAAGGCAUUCUCAAUGAUCUGGCGAAAAGCGAUCCGACUAACCUAUGGAAACCUUUAUUCAGCUCCUCAGAAAGUCUUUGCGGAAGAAAAUGAACUGGCUACCAUCGAUAUCGCUGUUCCACUUCCGAUCCACGAGAGUUCGGAAUCGCGUAAACGGGGUUCGAUCUACAUCCUGAAUGCCAGCUGGCAUAACAUCGACGUCACGGAGCACGUAGCAAUGGUAACGGCGAACGACCCGAGACCGGAAAUCAAGGCUUCAAAUUACGAAUUCUUUGCAAUCAACCCAGACCCUUGUUAUGGACAAGUGAAGAUCCUGUCCGUGACCUACACGUACUCAGAUACCGCGGCAGCACUAUCACAUUGCGAGGUAAAGACUGUGACUGAAGAGUCCUCAGCCCAGAUCCCCCCAUUCCUAGAAAUUUUCUGUGCAAAUUGGGGUGGUUUAGACAUCACGAAUCUUGUGCGAGCAAACAUUACAUCUCAUCAGACAUUACAAUUUGACACAAGGAAUGUCCACGUCAUUGCGUCUCCUGAUCCUUUAUAUGGACAUCAAAAGACCAUUUCGAUAUUGUAUCGGUAUGGUUCUUCAGAACCAAUGCAACUGCUAGUUGCAGGGGAGGAUACAGGCUUUGCGGUGAUCGACCCGGGGGAUACGAUGAGACGCAACUUCUUCUUUUCAGAUACGCUAGAGCUCACACCGAAUAUCAACGCGUUGGCUGCCGUAUGGGGACUGCUGCCUGUUUCGGAGAAAGAUGUGAGCCAGGCUCUGACAGUACGGAGGAAGGUGCCUUGCACUAAUGAGUUCUUUAAGAGGGAUGGAUGGGGUGGCAAGGUAAAGACCUUCCAAUUGUUCUUGCAGAAUGGGCAUACGGGGGAGUGUGUUUGUGUGAGUGCAAAGGAAGGGGAAUUCCUUGUUACGCCAACUGCUUGGCCGGAAGAAUAG